AUGAGAGAGAGCCCGUGGAUGGGAUGUGCGGUGCUGGGCGGGCUCGCAGAGCAGAGGGCGGGGAUCCUCAACCAUAAAAGAUCCAGUGACUGUUACCUGAAGAGCGUGAGGCUGUGUGUGCAAGAAAACAUCAUAAGGCUUCUUAAUUUAUACGGUUUUGUGGAAAAUCUUGGUUUACUCAAGAUGCAUGGAAGAGUGAAAGUAAAAACUACAGCUCAGCAAGAAGAGGAAAAGAAGAAGGAGCGUGAGAAAAAACUAAAGAUCUAUGUGGCUGCACGUGAUGCCUGCUUUGCUAAGAGAAAAGAGGGCAUCAAGGAUGAAGAGGCGUUGGUGUUUACUCAACAGCUCCUGUCCUCAAAUCCUGACUUUGCCACCCUUUGGAAUCAGCGUAGAGAAAUCCUCAUGCACCUAGAGGCUGAAAAGGACACGGAUGAGAUGCAGAAGAUUUAUGAGACCGAGCUCCACUUCCUGGAGUCAUGUUUGAAGGUGAACCCAAAAUCUUAUGGCAGCUGGUUCCACAGAGGAUGGGUGUCGGCCCGCCUUCCUAAACCCAAUUGGGUGAGAGAGCUCAGCCUUUGUGACCGCUGCUUGAGUCUGGAUGACCGCAACUUUCAUUGCUGGGAUUACCGCCGGAUGGUAGUGAAGAUGUCUGGUGUCCCUGUGGAAAAGGAGCUGGAAUUUACAGGUCGUCUCAUUGGCUCCAACUUUUCCAAUUACUCGAGUUGGCACUACCGCAGCACCCUGCUGCCCCUGCUCCACCCAGAGUCCCCUGAUCCCAAACCAACACACGGAGACCCCCCAUCUGCGCAAGCCUCACAUCGUGUGUGUGAAGAGCAGCUUCUCAAAGAAUAUGAGCUUGUACAGAAUGCCUUUUUCACCGACCCCAAUGACCAAAGUGCGUGGUUCUACUAUCGCUGGCUCCUUGGCAGAGCCGACCGUGAGGAGAUGAUAAGCUGCGUUUAUGUCUCCCGCGAGGAAGAAAGUGUGGUGGUAGGAUUCUCCAGACCUGUCAAUGCACAAUCCAACGAUCUAUUUUUGGUGCUUGACGGAAGGCCUCUGAAAGUCGAUUGGACGAGUGUUCAUCCCAGUUUCAAGAACAGUCCAGUUUGGAUUUGCCGUCUCCCACCGGGAACAAUAAGCGACUUUUCAAAUGAGCACAAUCUGACAGUGCGCUGGAACGAGAACUCCUGUCAUAAAGACUGUGCUCUGUACACAGGUCGAGCAGAGAGCUGGUGUCGGGACUCUGCCACUGAUCAGGAGCUGUUCAGGAGUGAACUCUCUGUGGAGAAAACCUCUGUGCUCCAGUCUGAACUGCAGUCAUGUAACCAGCUACAAGAGCUGGAGCCACUCAAUAAAUGGUGUUUACUCACCAUAAUCCUCCUCAUGAGGGCGCUAGAUCCCCUGGGAUACGAGAAAGAGACACUUGCUCAUUUUGAAACGCUCAAAACCGUGGACCCUAUGCGUUCAGGCUACUACAGCGACCAUUGCAGCAAGUUCAUGAUAGAAAACACAAUUCUCAAAAUGGAAUACGCAGAGGUCAGAGUCUUCAGCAUUUCUGACAAGAACUUGACCACUCUUUGUCACUUGGAUCAGCUUCUAUUGGUCACCCAUAUCAAUCUUUCGUCCAAUCGGCUACAUAGUCUGCCUCUCCAGUUCGCCAUGCUGCAGUGCCUAGAGGUUUUGGAGGUCGACAAUAACGUGAUAGAAAAUCUCGAAGGACUGUAUCACCUUCCCAAACUUGAAGAGGUGCUUAUAAGAAAUAACAAAAUCUCUUCAGUAGCCGAUCUGCAGCCUCUGGCCUCGUGCCCCAAACUGAAGCGCCUCGAUCUACGUGGCAACCCUGUCUCUCAGCAAGACGGUGUUGAGGCGGAGCUGAAGGCCCUGUUGCCCUCUCUGACCGAGCUGCUGAUUUGA